AUGGCUUCAGGUGGACAGCAUAGUUUUUCAACACCUUCGACACGCUCAUCUUAUCAAGAGACGAAACUUACAAACCCUAGUUUUAAUUCUCUGCAGUACCAACAACAACAGCGCCAAAGUUAUACAACACCAUCGAAUACACGAAUGCGCCGUUUUAAAGAGCUUGUCAAUCGUUACGAGAUCAAUGAUGAUUAUGCCACAUGUUUAAGGGAUCUUGAAGGAUUCGAAAUUGUUUUUAUUGUGGACGAUUCAGGAUCAAUGAAUACUCCGCUUGUGCUGGAUCCAGAUGGUGUUGAUAUAUAUUUUUUAAAUCGAGGAAGAAUGUUACAUGUGAAAGAUUCAUCGGAACUUACUCCGGCAUUUGCUACCCCACCCGCAGGACUGACGCCAAUUGUUCGAGUAUUAAGAGAAGUUUUAGAAGAGAAACGGGUCGAAAUACAAGAACGAAAACUGUUAAUAUUAAUUGCGACUGAUGGAGUACGAUUUUUAGAAAAUCCGGAAGGCUUUUUCGGGUUUCGCAGGUUGUUGGUUGGCUGGAAAACCAAUAAAGGCUUAAUUAAAAAAUCGGCGUCGGAACCAACCAAUGACCGAGGACACACUGAUAUUCGUACUUUGGAACAAGUUCUUCUAAGAGAACGAAAUCCGAUUGAACGUGUUCCUGUCACAUUUAUUGCUUGCACAGAUGAUGACUAUUCUAUUGGUUACCUAAACCAAUGGGAUGAAAAGAUUCCUUACAUUGAUGUUGUGGAUGAUUAUCGAAAUGAGAAGAAGGAAAUUUUGAAAAUCCAAGAAGAUCCAAUGUUUCCAUUCAGUUUUGGUGAUUAUAUUGUCAAAAUUCUCUUGGGUAGUAUUAAUCCGUGGUUCGAUGAAUUGGAUGAGAAAAAAGUUGAUCCACGGGGACCAUCUGGUGCAUANUAUCGAAAUGAGAAGAAGGAAAUUUUGAAAAUCCAAGAAGAUCCAAUGUUUCCAUUCAGUUUUGGUGAUUAUAUUGUCAAAAUUCUCUUGGGUAGUAUUAAUCCGUGGUUCGAUGAAUUGGAUGAGAAAAAAGUUGAUCCACGGGGACCAUCUGGUGCAUAUUAA